ACUUCCGGAAGUGACAAGUCAGCUGAUGAAGAAUCUGCUUAUCCUCGACUUGGGUCUAUGGCGGGCGGCGUCGUUUGUUAGGGUGCGUUAGUGGUUUCGGCUCUGUCCCAGAGUCGGGCAGGUUUUGAGUUUCUGUGACCAACCGGGAAAGAUGAAGCUGCUGCUCGCUGUCGAGGCUCUCUGUUUGGCGUGUUUGAUGCUGCUGAGCCAAGCGGGGGCAACGAAGAAUUCCGAAGACGUUCGCUGUAAGUGUAUCUGUCCACCUUACAGAGGCAUUGAGGGGCAUAUUUACAAGCAAAAUGUGUCUCUGAAAGACUGUAACUGCCUCCAUGUGGUUGAACCGAUGCCGGUGGACGGUAAAGACGUGGAGGCAUACUGUCUGCGCUGUGAGUGUAAAUAUGAAGAGAGGAGCUCAGGGACCAUAAAGUUUACCAUCAUCAUGUACUUGUCCAUUUUGGGCCUGCUGCUGCUCUACAUGGUGUACCUGACUCUGCUGGAGCCCAUGUUGAAGAGGCGGCUGUUUGGACACUCGCAGCUUAUCCAAAGUGAUGAUGAUGUUGUUGGGGACCAGCAGCCUUUUGCUAACGCUCACAAUGUCUUGAGCCGUUCACACUCCCGACCCAACAUGCUGAACAAGGUGGAACACGCCCAGCAGCGCUGGAGGAGGCAGGUCCAGGAACAAAGGAAGUCUGUGUUUGACCGCCAUGUUGUCCUCAGUUAAAAUGCCCUUUAAGUUCCAGGGAAAAAGGAAAAAAAAAGACACUGUGACAAAGCCAUUGCUUUAUAUUGUUUUCUUUUUAUCAUUUAUGGGUUGAAUUGAACUUUUGAGAUAAACCUAGUUCAAAAACAAUGAAUCUGUUUACUGGAAGCUAUUUAGUCUGCAGGCGAAAAAAGAGAUUAAAGAAGGUCAAUUUUUUGCACAAUUUCCAAUAAACAUGACAGAAAAGUAGAAAUGAUCAAACGUCUUCAAAACUGAGUUGAAGCCCAAUCUGCCUCCCUUUUUUUAACAUGUACUUCAUAAGUUCAAACUGGAUUUUGGAGGUGGGUUGGUGCUUUUCAUCGCGACUGGAUUCUAGAACAAACAGAAAUGAGAAACAAUCCUUCUGAUCUCACUACGAAAUAUAAGGAGAAUCUGUGUAAAAUACAAGUUUUACAGCCUUCUUUAUAAGUGCAUGUUUUGUAUUAGCUCUUUUGUAAAUGUGUUCUGGUCAUUCACUCCUACAUUGAUGUUUUGUCUGAUAACUGGUGUGAAAAUGUCCUUGCACUAGGUUGGUUAUUUGAAGUAGCUUCAUCAAAACUUUAUUGCUGAAAUUGAUGCAAUUUUUUUCCUGAUGUCCUGUUGAAGUAGCUGUUUCUCUGAUCUUCAUCUAUUAAAGACCCUUGAAGUAAUCUUUAACUGCCUAUCUGAUAUAUAGUUAUUUAAAUGUUUGCACUUUUUUGUGCUGGGGCGAGAAGUUCCAUAAUCAAAACCAAUGCUGUCUAGGAGGCAGUACAGUUGUGACAGAUUGCUGUUAUCUUGUGUUAAAAUAACUUUGUGCAAAAUGCCGGGAGUCUAUAAGCGAUCACUGUUGAGUCCCAUUAAAGUGUUCUUACUUAUUGUAUAAGUUCCUCCUUUAACUUUGAAAUAAAUUUCUGGAAGAA